CCUCGCCGAGGACCCUGGGCUGGGCGCCUCUGCCGGUUCGUCUACCGUCUCCCUCAGCCGCCUCCUUUCAACCUUGUCCGCCGGUUGGCGCGGUCUCCGUUGCAGCAGCGGCAGUUCCCGUCGGAGCUGCAGCGCUCUCUCUCCCCGCGUUCCUUCCCGCCAGGUCCCGGAGUUCGCCCGCCAUGGCUCUCCUCACUGCGGCAGCCCGGCUCUGGGGAGCCAAGAACUCAUCCUGCAUUGUUCUUGCUGUCCGGCAUGCCAGUGCUUCUUCCACGAAUUUGAAAGAUGUAUUGAGCAAUCUGAUACCUAAGGAGCAGGCCAGAAUUAAAGCCUUCAGACAGCAACAUGGGAAGACAGUGGUUGGCCAAAUCACUGUGGAUAUGAUGUAUGGCGGCAUGAGAGGCAUGAAGGGACUCGUGUAUGAGACGUCGGUUCUCGAUCCUGAUGAGGGCAUACGUUUCCGAGGAUAUAGUAUCCCUGAAUGCCAGAAACUACUGCCUAAGGCUAAGGGUGGGGAAGAACCCCUACCUGAGGGCCUAUUUUGGCUGCUGGUAACUGGACAGAUGCCAACAGAGGAACAGGUAUCUUGGCUCUCACAAGAAUGGGCCAAAAGGGCAGCUCUGCCUUCUCAUGUGGUCACCAUGCUGGACAACUUUCCUACUAACCUGCACCCCAUGUCUCAGCUCAGUGCAGCCAUCACAGCCCUCAACAGUGAAAGUAACUUUGCCCGUGCGUACGCAGAGGGAAUCAACCGAACCAAGUACUGGGAGUUGAUUUAUGAAGAUUGUAUGGACCUGAUUGCAAAGCUACCCUGUGUUGCAGCAAAGAUCUACCGGAAUCUCUACCGGGAAGGCAGCAGCAUUGGGGCCAUUGACUCUAAGCUGGACUGGUCCCACAAUUUUACCAAUAUGCUAGGCUAUACUGAUGCACAGUUCACCGAGCUUAUGCGUUUGUACCUCACCAUCCACAGUGACCAUGAGGGUGGUAAUGUAAGUGCCCACACAAGCCACCUGGUGGGCAGUGCCCUUUCAGACCCCUAUCUGGCCUUUGCAGCAGCCAUGAAUGGGCUGGCAGGGCCGCUCCAUGGACUAGCCAAUCAGGAAGUGCUUGUCUGGCUAACACAGCUACAGAAGGAAGUUGGCAAAGAUGUGUCAGAUGAGAAGUUACGAGACUACAUCUGGAAUACACUCAACUCAGGACGGGUUGUCCCAGGAUAUGGUCAUGCAGUGCUAAGGAAGACUGACCCACGGUAUUCCUGCCAGAGAGAGUUUGCUCUGAAACAUCUGCCUAACGACCCUCUGUUUAAACUGGUUGCUCAGUUGUACAAGAUUGUGCCCAAUAUCCUCUUAGAGCAAGGGAAGGCCAAGAAUCCUUGGCCCAACGUAGAUGCUCACAGUGGGGUGCUGCUCCAGUACUAUGGCAUGAAGGAGAUGAAUUACUACACGGUCCUGUUCGGAGUGUCGAGGGCACUGGGUGUGCUGGCACAGCUCAUCUGGAGCAGAGCCCUAAGCUUCCCUCUAGAGAGGCCCAAGUCCAUGAGCACGGACGGUCUGAUGAAGUUUGUGGACUCUAAGUCAGGGUAAAACGGGAGAUUGCGGGAAACUGACUAUAAGAAAACAAGGAAGCUUAAAAUAAAGUAUAAUUUUGUUUUGUUUCAGGGGCCUUUAAGACUUAAGAUUAACCUGUAUCCGAGGCACUGAAAAUACAUUUGAAGUUAAAAUAUAAAUUAAGACUUAAAAGAUGAAAAGCAACCCCUUCUUCCCUCACCAGCUCACUUCCCUCCCUGGUAUGAGUUGUCUACCAACUGUAGGAUGACCAGGACUAAUGCAUGUGGUCAGGUUAGAUCUGGCUACCUACCAUCUUUAGAGUGAGAGUCUGGCUCCUCUUGUUUAGGUCAAAGCAGGUUACAGAAAAGUUGCAGUCACUCUGUGAAGCUUUUGCUUCUACCCUACCAGCCCUCUGAGCCACCGAGGCCAGGGCCAGGCCCAGGCCCCUUUUGUUUCCAUAGGAAUCAUGUUGGGUGUCAACUGUGUCAAACCCUAAGGCCUUUUCCUGUGUACGCAAGCACUUCCUAGAAAGAUCUGUUGGUUAGCUGGAAAUGAAAUUGGUUAUUUGGCAACUUUUGAUGCUAUCAGUGGCCAUAAAUGGCAUGGUAUUUAUUUUACUGGUACCCAGCAUUUGAUUCUAUUUCUCUCUUUAAAUUAUACCAUUAAAUUAAGGUCUGCAAGUGUUCUGUUUCCUCCCAGACUUCCUAUACCUGCUGUGCCUCAGCUGAGGAGGCUGUCCUAGCCUCGGCUAGGGUCCUCUUAGCAGGUCUGUGAUCUGUGGUCUUCCCAGUCAUUUGGCUUUUCAGUACUUAAUGUGAACUAGGCCUUUUACUUCCAUGGAACAUAAGCCACUCUCUUCUGACCUUGGUCUCUCCUGGUAUAUGCUCUGGCACACAGAACAAGGGCUCAGGAACGACCGGCCUCUUCAUGGGCUGGUUCCAGGGGUUCCAGCCUUUCUUUUUGAACAGAAAAAUGAGUUGCGAUUGGACAUAGUUCCCUUUGAAUGUCAGCUGGACCUAGGGCUGAGGGCAUUCAAAGCAGUGAGCCGCCUUCUCACCCUGCGUCGGGGACACGUCCCUUUAUUUAUCGAUGUCACUCUCGAGCUCACAGUAUGGUGGUUAUCUUAGCAGCCCCGUUUGCACAGAUUUCCAGUGACUCAGAAGCUAUACUGCCUUUUCUUUGAGAAAGGGUUGAGAUACACUCCUGUUGUGCUCCCUCCUUACCCCAGACUCCUGCCUGCGUUUGUGUGGAACCCAAACCCCAGCACCACACUGUUGAGAUGGACACACUGUAAACCCCUGGGUAACUGUUAAGUCAUGAUGCAGACUUCAGGUUGUUCUGUAUAAAAUGAAAAAUAAUAAAUGUUUUUAUUAACAAUG